AUCAAAUGGCUCCAACGACCAGAAGUCUGACCAAUACCACUCUGUCGAUUUGUUUGGAGAAGAUUUGACAGUCACUCAAACCAAGACUCCCUCCGUCAUCACUCAUCAGACGAUGAAUCCAAGAUGUAGUCUUCCAUCACCGUCGCUUGCGCUUGAGUCACCCUCUCGUCGUUGGAGUCGGCGUCCAGUGGACACCCCACCCUCAUGGUAUUUCUCAUCCCCGCCGAGUCACUACCGUCCUGCGGAUACUCUCCAGUUAUGCGUGGGAACAUCAUGUCUUAUCAUCCAGCUCUCUUACUGUAAGCGUGUCCCCGACAUCAUUCCAAGGUUCCUCACGGAUCCAAACACAACUUUUGUCGGUAUUAGGAACAGUCAAGGCGCGAAGAGGCUAGCACGAACUAGACAUCAGUUGGAGAUUGGAGAAAUUCUUGACGCAAGGAUGUAUGUCGUGGAUUCACAAGGCAGGAGUCUGAGGGGUCGUUCGUUUGAGGAGAUUGUUGAGAAAUGUAUGGGGUUUCGAGGAGUGAAGCUUGAUCGGGGGAUAAGCAGGAGUGAUUGGAGUGUUGAGUACCUUAGCAAUGAUCAGAUACUUCAGGUGUCAGUAGAUGCUUAUGUUUGCUUCAAGCUUGGUGUUUCUGCUCGUUUAUGGCAAGUUAAAUUUUAAGCGAUGUAUCGAAGUAACAAAAUGUGCUGAAUCGUUGAUCUUUCUUCUUUUGUAAGAGCACCUCCAACAACAAGUUCUAGAGGAAAGUGAAUGGCCAAAAGUUCUAAUGUUAGUUUUUUAGAAACUCUUCUCACACUAACAAAACACAUGUCACUCACCAAAGAUAAAUUGAUGCUUUUAUUGAUUUCAAAAUAAUAAAACAAAUUCAAGUAAUUAUAAUAAUAAUUUUUUUUUCAUUUAGAAACUUUGAUGGUGUUUAACCAUUGAAGUUGCUCUAGGUUGUGGAAAAUAAAAACUGUUAUUCACUCGCUGAUUUCUUUUAUAAUAAGAUUACUAGAUUUUGAUCCGCGCUUUCAAAGCUUGUAUAUAUUAGAAUUAUGCUUCUAUGGUUUGUAUAGUUACGAAUAUAUGCUUUCAACACAAACGUUAAUAAUUAUAUUAUGGAGUUCAGUUUUAUUUUUUUUGGCAUAAGUAACGCUGAUAAAUGCUGCUGCAUUGUUAUUGGCUAAUAUAUUCUUCAUUCUGAUUGGUUUAUUAUGCUGGCCGAAUUUAAUUAAUAAAAUUAAUAUUAAUAUAAAAAAGGCAAUGACAUGUCACUGUAAAUAACUUCAAAAAUAUGGACAGAAUCCUAGUAGGAAUUCUGCUUUAAUAGUAUAGAUGGGAUAAUGGUAUACAUGAAUCUUAAAGAAUUUGAUAAAUUUUGAGAUUCCAUUCGAAAUCAUUUGUUAUUUAGAAAUUUUAGUUUUUACUGAUUUUGUGAUUCUAUUAAUUUUGUUUUUUUUUGUUUAAAAAAAAAAAAUCGUUUUAUCGUUGGUAUUAGUAUAUACAUUUUUUUCCUAUUUUACUCAUAAACGAAUAAAAUUAAUCAAAAUAUAGAGCCAUUUAGGGAAUAUUCAAAAUCUCAUAACGUCUUUGGAACGAGAACAGUAUAUUCAAAAUGUACCAAAGGAAUAUAUUGUUUACAAAUGUUGUUCUAGCUAGGUCAAUGUUUUAUAUGUGUCAGAUAAUUGUUUUGGAGUAAGGUGUAAGAGUCGUUGUAGAUAUUAUGCAAUAGGACAAUGGCGCAAUAGUAUAUUCAUAUAGUUGGCCAUGGAGGGAAACAUGGUCUGCAAUAUAUGGUAGUGUGUCCUAAAUAAACCCAAUUCAGGACGUUAUGUACAGUGACAUUACACCAAUAUGAAACGUAUAGAGUAGUGUUUCAUGACUUAAGUAAAAGAUUGUAACUAAUAGAAACUUGGAUCUAUGUUCCUUGAAAAAUUUCAUGGUCUAAAAUAGUGAUGAAUUUGCAAAACCAAAAAUCAUUUGUAGAUGAAUCAUAUAUGUUUUUUACAAAGAAUUGUAUAAGAGCUUUGUCUAGUCUUGUCUAAUAGAUCUUUAUGAUAAGUACUACAUAAAUCUUUAACAGGCAAGCAAGAAGAAGAAGAAGCAAAAACAUGAACAAGGAUGACUGUGGAUAUAUAACUUGAAACGCCGUUUGAGAUACAUACCAAGAAUAUAGACAAUCAUGAAACUUUGUCUUUUGGUUCGUUGAUCCCUCUGAGCUUACGUUUGAGUUUUUACUGGUUAUAUAUAAAAGUUUCUGAACUGUUGAAAUAUGAUGCUUUUUCUUUCAUAUAGAAUAUUGGCCCAUCAAGCAUCAACAUAUUGUUCAUUUGAUCAAGUAAAUUUCCAUCUGAGUCUCCUCAUGAGAAUCUAUAUUUUGAUCCUAUGAAGACAAAGAUUAUUUCAUUCUGUAAGUGGAUUAUUACAAAAGAAGAGAUACUAUAAACCUUGAAAAAUAGAGAAGUUAUAUGUUUUGUGGAAAACAUUCUAAAGGAGUAUUAUAUAAUUAACGAACAACCCGUUAUCAGGAAUUUUCAUAUUAGGUCCUAACCAGGAUCAUAAAAAUGAGAUGAACGUUUUUAUUUCACAAAAAAUGAAAGUUACCUUUUUUUUUCCUAUAUCGUUCUCUCACUUUUGAUUUGUUUUCAUAAAUUUAAUUGAAUUUCAAAUCACUUAAUUUAUUUGAAUUACAAAGAAAGAAAUAUAUGAUUUUGUUUAACAAGAUUCAUGUGUAACUAUGUUUUAUAUUUGAUAAAAUAAAAAACUAUGCUAAGCAAACACUAGUUUGAACAACCAAGAUAUCACACUAAAGUUUUCUUAUACCACAUAAAGUUAGGAAAACGAAUAAGCCGAUGAGUGUUUUAUUUUAUUUUAUAUAGUUAGAAUAAUAUAACAAACCAUUAUUUCAUAAUACAUCAUAUAAUAUAACAAAAGAUUCAAUCAAGAUAACUAAAUCAUAUGGUCGUGAGAUGAUGAAGGACUUUCAACUUCAGCAGAACAUCUGUUCCAAACCUCAUUAGUUUUGAAAGAAACUUGAGAAGCAAAGCGUUUGAGUUGAUACAAUCGAAACAUGAACUUUCUAAUCUCCAUGUAACAUUCUUUUCCAGCUCUUACUACCAUCAAACAACACUCUCUUGAAACAGGUUUGUUUGUAAGAAUCUCGCUAAGAACAUCUUCAUUACAUUCUGAAAUACCACUGGGCCCCAUCUUAUCAGCGCAGGUUCCGAGAUACGUUUUGUGUUUUGGUGAGAGGUUUUCUAGCAUAUAAAUAUUGUACUCCUGCGAAGCCGGCGAUAACGCAUCCAAUGUAUCAAACUCAGCGGGAUUGACUAGUGGUUUAUCGUCAACAUCUUCUUGGCCCAAACAUGGAUACACACAUGACACUAAAGUGUUGAUUAUGAAAAAUGCCAUAAAAAUUGUCUUAGUGUCCAUUUUGUAUGAUUAAUUUUUUUCUCCUCUUACCAUGAUAUCUAAUUGUAUAUAUAGUAAUCAAAUGGUUUUGAAUGUUAUUGAUGGUGAAUGUAUUAAUUAAUUAAAUAACAUUUUAGUUGUUAUGAAAUAACACAAUUCCUUUAUUACUUUAGUUAACUCUAAGAAUAACAUUUUUAAAUUGAUUUCUAUGUUACAUGCAUUGAUAGUUAAUUAAAUACUCACUAUGUUUCAUGUCUCUUCAAUUUUUUUGCAUACAAAUUAAGAAAGUUAAAGUUUGUUGGUUAUCCUUAUUAAAUAUAAUAUUUUGUUUGGAUUUAUCUUAUAAUGAACUAAAAAUAAGAGGAAACUGAAAUUCAUUUUAAGUAUUUAUGAAAAAUGUAUAACGACAUUUAUAAUUACAAAAUAUUUUUAUAAAAAUAAAAUUACACCAAUAUGAAAUGUAUAGAGUAGUGUUUCAUGUCUUAAGUAAAUGAUUGUGACUACAAUGGAAACUUGGAUCUAUGUUUCUUGAAAAAUUUCAUGGUCUAAAAUAGUGAUGAAUUUGCAAAAUCAAAGAUCAUUUGUAGAUGAAGCAUAUAUGUUUUUUUGCAAAGAGUUGUAUAAGAGCUUUGUCUAGUCUUGUCUAAUAGAUCUUUAUGAUUAAGUCCUACAUAAAUCUUUAACAAGCAAGCAAGAAGACAUGAACAAGGAUGACUAGGGAUAUUUAACUUGAAACGCCGUUUGAGAUAAAUACUAACAUAGACAAUCAUGAAAUUUUGAUCCCUCUGAGUUUAUGUUUAUUUGACUUCUUACUGGUUAUACUUGAAUAAAAGCUUCUGAACUGUUGAAAUAUGGUGCUUUUUUUCAUAUAGAGUAUUGGCCCAUCAAGCAUAAGCAUAUUGUUCCUUUGAUCAAGUAAAUUUCCAUCUGAUUAGUCUCCUCAUGUGAAUCUAUAUUUUGAUCCAAUGAAAACAAAGAUUAUUUCAUUUUGUAAGUCGAUUAUUACAAAAGAAGAGAUGAUAUAAACCUUGAAAAACAGAGAAGUUAUAUGUUUUGUGGAAAACAUUCUAAAGGAGUUUUAGAUAAUUAACUCACAGCCCGUUAUCAGGAAUUUUCAUAUUAGGUCCUAACUAGGAUCAUAAAUUUGAGAUGAAAAUUUUUAUUUCACGAAAAAUGAAAGUUACCUAUUGUUUUUCCCAAUAUCGUUCUCUCACUUUUGAUUUAUUUUCAUAAAUUUAAUUGAAUUUCAAAUCACUUAAUUUAUUUGAGUUACAAAGAAAGAAAUAUACGUUUUUAACAAGAUUCAUGUGCAAUUAUGUUUUAUAUUUGAUAAAAUAAAAAAACUAUGCUAAGAAACACUUGUUAGAACAACCAAGAUAUCGCACUAAAGUUUUCAUAUACCACAUUAGAGUUA